AUGUGCAAAUUUUCCCAGACUGGACCCAGAAAGCUGGAUCUGCAGGCGUGGGCAUCAGACGAGCCGUCCUUCACUGCAGAGCUCAAUCGCAUCAUCACAUUCAUCACCAGGCCACAGCUAAGCUGCCCUAUAGUGUUGUCUCCAGGUGAGACUAAAGCCUCGCAGCCCCCUGCAGACCCCCCCCGCUGGCUGCUGUGUGCUGAGGACUGGCUCCUUCCAGCUGCAGAUACCCCGUGUGUUGCGUACUCCUUUAGUAUGGAUGGAGGAGAUGCAGACUUUCUAAAGACAGUGUCAGGGCUGGGAUGUGAAGUACACAGUUUUGAUCCCAGCAACUCCAAUGCAUCUGGUGGUCACCUUGGCAACAGUUUGGUCGGUAACCAUGAUGACAGAGGGGUGGUCCACCGGCACAAGAUGUGGCUGGAGUGGCGGGCUCCAAAGAGGCGCAAGCACAAGACGAGAGGCAACCGAGGAAGUGUUUCUCAAACACUGGCAGACAUCAUGGCUGCACUGGGACAUCACACAGUUCACUUCCUGUAUGCUGACCUGCUGAGUGCUGAGUGGAGAGUUUUCCAGAAUUGGAUUGAGUCAGAAACUCUGCAGAGUGUCCAUCACAUUGUUGCCACAGUGCACCUGCAAUGGGCCGGGUUUGAGGUGGGCGGGACAAAUGAGGAAGUGCUCCGCUAUUGGUUCAGUGUCCUACAGGGUCUCCAAGCCUCUGGACUCCAGCUGGUCCACAGCUCAGCAGGAGAGGGAGGCAGUGUGCUCAAACAGACAGUUGAACAUGUUCACAGCUCAUACACACUGAGCUGGGCCAACACAAGGCGAUGACACUGAAUGAAUGAACACAGGUGCACACGCACACGACCGGACAUUGUGGAUGGCCCUCAAACAGGAAGGAGAAGGUCAAUCCAAAAACUGUCGGUGUUGAUGCCCUUAUCUUACAAGAAACUUUUUCUAUAACAGUUCUUAACAUGAUGUGAUCUCCCUCUAGUGGCGAUGGAAACAUCUGGCUUUGUGUGACUCCACCCGCAGUUGAAAUACUGUUCUGUCUGUAGAUAAUGGAAACUCAUUUGAUCAAAUAUUGAGGUAGCUACACAUUGUCAUUUAUUUAUUUUCAGAAGUGCGAUGUUUUCAAUAUAAUGUUAUGUCAUACAGUGCACCACUUAAUAUGCAAUACGCAAUCAUUUUGAUACUUGACUUGACUUUGAAUGUAUAUUCAGCCGAUAAUGUAGAUUCAGCUUUAUUUAAUGUAUUUCUGUACAUCUUUGUAUGAGUUAAAUGCUUUUUAUGUGCAAUAAUUGUUUACAUUGAAGAUUGUAUUGAGACAAGGUGUCUGAUGAGUGUCUGUAAAAUAUACAAAGAAGAAAAGAAAGUUGUAUAAAUGUGCAUUGAUACAAUAAUAAAAUAUGAAAUAAAGCCAGCAGUCAAUCAAAAUAUAGAAUAUGCAAGUAUACCAAUAUAAUUAUGAUCUAUGUGACAUGUAAGCUGAUUUUAGGCGCAGGUGUGUGUUUAUUUCCAUUGAAUUGUAAGAGUAUUAAUUUAGUUACUAAGUUUGCAUUUUCCUUUAAACACUUACGAUGUAAUAAAAUAAAUACGAAGUGA